UUGACAGAUUCAGAGCUCUGAGGUGAUCAGUCAAGUCCGCUCAAAGGACUGAGGGGAUGCUGGCACGGUGAAGCUCAAACCAGGAGCAGUGCGGAAUGGUCGAGGAGCAAAGUGUCAGGUGCGGGGCUUCCUGUGGACUCACAAAGUUGUGACAGAGUGCACUCUGUCGGCUCUGGUCAGACUCCUGGUCCCUUCAGAGCCAAAGGGAGGCGAGGAGAAAAUGUGCUGACCGGGUGGUUGAAGGGCAGACACAGCGGGUUGAAGAUGGAGAACAGCACAGGUGAUGGCCAGAACCAAACAGGAUUCCUGCCGAGCCGAGAGAUAGUCACCGUUGAGUACCAAGUCGUCACCAUCUUUUUGGUCCUCCUCAUCUGCGGGUUAGGCAUUGUCGGCAACAUCAUGGUGGUGCUGGUGGUGCUCAGGACGAAGCACAUGAGGACCCCCACAAAUUGCUACCUGGUGAGCCUGGCGGUGGCUGACCUCAUGGUCCUUGUGGCUGCAGGACUCCCGAACAUCACAGAGAGCAUCUACGGAUCCUGGGUCUAUGGCUAUAUUGGAUGCCUCUGCAUCACUUACCUCCAGUACCUUGGCAUCAAUGCUUCUUCUUGCUCAAUAACUGCCUUCACAGUUGAGAGGUACAUAGCCAUUUGUCACCCAAUCAAAGCCCAGUUUUUGUGCACUUUCUCUAGAGCCAAAAAGAUCAUUAUUUUUGUCUGGGCAUUCACCUCCAUUUACUGCCUGCUCUGGUUUUUCUUGCUGGAUCUCAACAUGAUAGCCUACAAGGAUGCCACGGUGGUGUCCUGUGGGUAUAAGGUGCCUAGGAGUUACUAUUCCCCCAUUUACAUGAUGGACUUUGGAAUAUUUUAUGUCAUGCCAAUGGUACUUGCUACCGUCCUGUAUGGCUUGAUCGCCAGGAUCUUGUUCCUGAAUCCCAUUCCUUCAGACCCCAAAGAAAAGACAUGGAAGAAUGACUUGGGUCCCCCAAGCAAGACCAAAGGGACCAACAAGGGUAUCAAUAGCGCAGUGGCUUCUAGAAGGCAGGUCACCAAGAUGCUGGCUGUGGUUGUCAUUCUGUUUGCAUUACUGUGGAUGCCUUACCGGACCCUGGUGGUCAUCAACUCUUUCCUAUCUAACCCUUUCCAAGAAAAUUGGUUCCUGCUGUUCUGCCGAAUCUGCAUUUACCUAAACAGUGCCAUCAACCCUGUGAUUUACAACCUCAUGUCCCAGAAGUUCCGAGCAGCCUUCAGGAAACUCUGCAAAUGCCAACAGAAACAAUCCGAAAAGCCCACCAACUACAGUGUGGCCCUCAACUAUAGUGUCAUCAAGGAGUCCGAUCACUUCAACACUGAACUGGAUGAUAUCACCAUCACAGAUGCUUACCUGUCAACUUCAAAAAUGUCUUUUGAUGAUACCUGUGUGUCUUCUGAGGUCAUGUAAAGAUGGAGAACAGUUGUGUGCCCUUCAGCGUGGCUGCUGCUUCUACCUUAUUUGAGAUCACAGAGUUAUCCCGUUCUGAACCAUUCUGGUGUUUGUUUUUUUAAUGUGAUCAAAGAAGAUUCCAAAGGCUGAAUCUUUUCAUACCAUCUGGCAUCAGACAAUGCUUGCUUUACUGAGCUAAGAGGCCAAACAAUGUACGCCGUUAUUCAUGUGGCAUUUGUGCAUAUAUUUCUAAAUCUUCUACUGUAUAUAGAG